CCCUGAGCCUGACAGCGCAAUGGCAAAGGGCACGGUGGGCGUCUGUAGCCGGGCUGCGCCGGGACCCUUCUGUCUCCUGCUCUGACCACUGUGGCUGGGUUGCUGGCAGGUACCUCGCCAAGCUGUCCUCCGUGGGGAGCAUCUCCGAGGAGGAGACCUGCGAGAAGCUGAAAGGGUUAAUCCAGCGCCAAGUGCAGAUGUGCAAGAGGAACCUGGAGGUGAUGGACUCGGUGCGCCGGGGAGCCCAGCUGGCCAUCGAGGAGUGCCAGUACCAGUUCCGCAACCGGCGCUGGAACUGCUCCACGCUGGACACCCUGCCGGUCUUCGGCAAGGUGGUGACACAAGGGACCCGGGAAGCGGCCUUUGUGUACGCCAUCUCCUCGGCGGGCGUGGCCUUCGCCGUGACGCGGGCCUGCAGCAGUGGGGAGCUGGAGAAGUGUGGCUGCGAUCGGACUGUGCAUGGGGUCAGUCCCCAGGGUAAGUGGAGGGGCCAGUGGCCGGGGGCCUCCCUGGACAACAUCGCCUACGGCGUGGCCUUCUCACAGUCCUUCGUGGAUGUCCGGGAGAGGAGCAAAGGCGCCUCCUCCAGCCGGGCGCUCAUGAACCUCCACAAUAACGAGGCUGGCAGGAAGGCUAUCCUGAGCAACAUGCGGGUGGAGUGCAAAUGCCACGGGGUGUCGGGCUCGUGCGAGGUGAAGACCUGCUGGAAAGCGAUGCCACCCUUCCGCAAAGUGGGCAACGUGCUAAAGGAGAAAUUUGACGGGGCCACGGAGGUGGAGCAGAGAAAGGUCGGCUCCACCAAAGUGCUGGUGCCGAAAAACUCCCAGUUCAAACCACACACGGAUGAGGACCUGGUCUACCUGGACUCCAGCCCGGACUUCUGUGACCACGACCUCAAGAACGGGGUCCUGGGGACCAGCGGCCGACACUGCAACAAAACCUCCAAAGCAAUCGACGGCUGCGAGCUGAUGUGCUGCGGGAGGGGCUUCCACACGGAGGAGGUGGAGGUGGUGGAGAGGUGCAGUUGCAAGUUCCACUGGUGCUGCUUUGUCAAAUGCAAACAGUGCCACCGCGUGGUGGAAAUGCACACGUGCCGGUGAGGCUGGGCUGGUGGCUCCCAUCUGUCCCCUCUGGGGCUGAGGGCCUGUGGCCCCCGGGCCGGAGGAGAUGACCCAGCCACGGCAGGAGAGGCUGGUGGAGUGCGAGAGAAAGACACGGAGCGUUCCGGCCGCGAGGGUCGUACUCGGCCUGCUUUAUUUAUUGCCGAAGCCAGAGCCCUCCUGCAUGGCGUGUGCUGGGAGGGUCGCGCGUGCGCGCCGUGCUGCUGCCGGGCCGGGAACGGGACCUGCCUCCAGCGGACAACCCCCGAGUGGCCACCGGAGCGUUCUGAGCGGAGUGGCCGUGAAACGGACCCCGGCCCGGGCGCCAGGCACCUUUCCGCUGGCAUUUUCCAUUCAGCCCCUUCAGACUGAAAACAGACCCUGAGGGGCCAGAGCCUUUGUUCUCCCGUUGGCUUGUGCUGCCCCACGCGCCGGCAGAGGAGAGAGGGCAGAGCUGUCCUGGGACCGGGCUUCCAAUGGUGGGAAGGACCCUGCGAGCGGGAUGGUCCCAGCCCCCGGCCUUUCCCCCCUUGUUAUUAUGGGCUGGGCUCUGCCCGCAAGGGGUCAGGAGAACAGAGGCCCGGCUGCUUCAGCAGAGCCCCCUGGAGCCAGGCGCCGAGGUGACGUGGAUGUGCCUGUGUGGACGGUUCCUCGUUCAGGGCCCACCACCCCGGGGCACUGCUGGACAGCCC